AUGGCGUGGAUGCACCUUGAAGACAUUCUGCUCAGUGAAAGAAGCCAGUCAGAAAAGGGCAGCUCCACUGAGCCCCAAAAGGCUGUGAUCACCUUGCAGCCCCCGUGGGUCAAUAUAUUCCCAGAGGAAAAUGUGGCCUUACAUUGUGAGGGUCCCAGGCUGCCUGGCAACACUUCCACGCGGUGGUUUCUCAACCACACGGUCCUUCAGACGGUGACGCCGGCUUACAGCAUUGCCAGCGCCGGCGACCACGACAGCGGUGAAUACAGGUGCCAGACAGGCCUCUCUGCGCCCAGUGACCCUGUGCAGCUGGAGGUCCAGAGGGGUUGGCUGCUACUCCAGGUCUCUAGCAGAGUCUUCACCGAGGGGGAGCCUCUGGCCUUGAGGUGUCACGGAUGGAAAAAUAGGCUGGUGUACAAAGUGAGUUUCUACAAAGAUGGCAAAGCCUUUAAGUUUUCUCAUAAGACUUCUGGAUUCACCAUUCCGAAAACCAACGUGAGUCACAGCGGCCUCUACCACUGUACAGGCGUGGGGAAGAACCAGCGCUUCAAGUCGGCAGGCGUGUCCGUCACUGUGAGAGAGCUAUUUCCGACCCCCCUGCUGAAGACAUCCUUCCCAUCGCCCCUCGCAGAGGGGAGCUCGGUCCACCUGAGCUGUGAGACGAAGCUGCUCCAGCCACAGCCUGGCUCGCAGCUUUACUUCUCGUUCUACGUGGGCAGCAAACCCCUGAUGAGCAGAAACACGUCCUCUGAGUACCAGAUACUCGAGGCUAAAAGAGAAGACUCAGGGUUUUACUGGUGUGAGGCUGCCACAGAAGACGGAACUGUCGUUAAGCAGAGCCCUCAGGUGCAACUUCAAGUGCCUGGGCUGCGGUCAUCAGCUCUGGUCUGGUUUCAAGCCAUUUUCUACCUGGUAGUAGGAAUAAUGUUUUUGGUGGAUACGGUUUUCUGUAUGAUGCUACAUAAGGAGCUGCAAAGAAUGAAAACAUGGCAUUUAGAAAUGUCUCUGGGUUCUGAUCACUGGAAGAAAAAUACUUAUAGCCUUCAAAAAGGCAUGUCUUCAGGAGAACUCAAUGAUCAGCAACAAGAACAGCUGCAAGAAAAGACUGACCAGCAGAAGCCCCAGGAGGACGCUCCGCCCAGUGGGGGUCAGUAGUCCGGGCAGCCCCUGCCCUGCUCUCUCUCUGUGCCUCUGUCUCUGUGCGAGCAUCUGGGCAUAAACACCCCAACGUUGAAAGACAGUAAAACGAUGCGUCUAUCCUGAUUCUUAAAUUUUAGAGCAAAUAAGUAGUCAUGAACUUAGACACUUGGCAAUCAGAAUGCUUUCAGUGACAUCUAUCUGAAGAGUUUCUUAAACUGGGAAGUCAGGCCUAGCCAAAUUAUGCUAUUUGGGAAUUGGAGCAAUAAUGUAUUUCUAAGGCCUGGUGAAAAGGUGAGUGUCUGCUGUGCGCAAGGAGUGAAGAUAGAGGAAGAGACACGGAAUGAGGGCGGCAGACGGCAGCGCCUUCCUUGCUGGGGCAAACCCAGGUCUCCCAGCUCGCUCUGCAAGGAGAAGUGGCCAGGGUGCGGCCCCGUGAUACAUGGCGCCAGCUCUUCCCCAGAGGCUGAGCUGCCCCUCCUGAAUUUCUGCGUCACUGCUAGCUACCAGAUCCCCUCCUCUCCUGUUUGUACUCUAGAUUAAAGGCAAAAUGUUACUCUGCAGAAAUGGAAAUGGUGUAAGACCUUAUAACAUAAAUCUCGAUUAUUUGGCUUAAAAAUGUAGCUUAUCGGCCCUCCCUGGUUGCGCAGCGGGUUAAAGC